UUGAUUCAGUUGAGUUUGAUCCACUACCACUGCCACACUUGGGUUACCAGCAGGCGGCAGAACAACAGCAGUUCUUCAGUUUCUGACACGCCAAGAGUGUGUGCGCCCUGAAUCCGGCCUGUCGCCAUUGGUGGGUACUAAGACGAUUAUAACUGAAGAAAGCUAGCGUGCUCCUGAAUCCUGAUCCAGUACGUCCACUGGAAUGCCGACGACAGUGGACCUUGUAAGGAAGGAUAUCCUCGUCGGCGUCGGUGGCGACGAUCGUGCCGCUGUGGCGGCGAAUGGGCAUGAUCUGGAGCAGCAGGCUCGCCGCGACGCCGCCGCAGACCACGGCUCCAAGCGCCUCGCCAUUGGCCGCCUCAUAAAAGAGCUGGUGAUGGAGGGGGUGGCGACGUUCGUGGUGAUCUUCUGGUCGUGCACGGCGGCGCUGCUCCAAGGGACGCACCACUCCCUGAGCUUCCCCAUGGUGUGCCUCGUCGUGGCGCUCACGGUGGCGCUCGUCCUGGGCUGGAUCGGCCCGGCCCACCUCAACCCGGCCGUCACGCUCACCUUCGCCGCCUUCCGCUACUUCCCCUGGCGCAAGCUCCCGCUAUACGUCAUGGUGCAGCUCGCCGCCUCCGUGCUCGCCUGCCUCGCCGUCAACGCCCUCAUGCGGCCCCGCCACGGCGACUUCUACGGCACCGUCCCCAUGGCCGGGCAGGGGAGAAGGCUGCCGUUCGUGUUCGAGUUCCUGGGGUCGGCCGUGCUGAUGAUCGUGAUUGCGACGGCGGCGAGGGCGCAGAGGAAGGUGGUCGGGGGAGUGGCGAUUGGGGCGGCGGUGGGGACGCUGGGGCUCGUGAUCGGGCCGGUUUCCGGCGGGUCGAUGAACCCGGUGAGGAGCUUGGGCCCGGCGAUCGUGAUGGGGAGGUACGAGUCCGUGUGGAUCUACCUCGUCGCCCCCGUCUCCGGCAUGCUCCUCGGCGCGCUCUGCAACAAGGCUGUGCGCCAGGCGGAUGAGCUCGUCGAGUUUUUGUGCCGAGGCGGAAGAGGCGGUGCUGCGGCGAGGUCCGGAUCGAACUAGAGAUCGCCGUCGUUUGGGAAGAAGAAGAGGAAGAAUCCCCUGCAAAAAAAAAGAGAGGAAGAAUCGUGGACGAAGUUUUUUUUUUUAACAGCAUCGACGUUCGGCGAUGUCUUUGUUUUUAUUUUUAUUUAUAGCAGUUUGGAAGUGAACUGGACCGAAGUAUGGCCCGUUAAGGAAUUUACGGCCCAUGUGGACGAAGAGAAUUAAACCCA